AAGGCCCAAACGCUCGCAGACAAAAAGAAAACGCUGCAAAACCACCGUACCGUCAGAAUCAGCGCCUCUCCGUGUAUCUCUCUCUCCCUCUCUUCCGUACAGUCCCCAUUUCCAUGAUUCCAUCUCCGCCGUCCGAUGCAUCUCCUUCUCCGACUCCUUAAGUCAACGGCAGUGGACCCAAAGCAGCGGCGUCAGCGUCGGAAGCCGAGGCUCGACCGCCUCAAUGCCAAGAAGAACAUUGAAUACGAUCCCAUCUCCUCGUCGCCGUCCGAUCCUUCCUCUUCCGGCCUCCGCACCGUCCAAUCGCUGAAUCUCCCGUCUUCCACAGACCAGAUCAGCCUCCGCAUCGAAGGCAACGAAGGAGAAAUCGACCGCCUUUGCCAGAGCUUAGGGUUCUCUGGGCCCGAAGAUUUCGCAAUUCCGAUCACCGCGUGGGAGGAGAUGAAGGCCCGCUCUUCUUCCGACCCCUUGCAGCAGCAGUCGGAAACGAGAUCCAGUUCUGCAAAGGCGAUGGAAGAUCAGAGGAAAGUGGAAGAGGAUUUGGUAGCUGAUUUUAGGGGUAGGGUUAGGGUUUGUGACGAGGAAUCGCCGUCACCCUCAUCUGGAGGAGGGAUUAAAGGCGCGCGGCCACCCGUUCUUGCACCGCCGCCAGUGAUGUUGCUUCCCGUUCUCGACAAGAUGUGCUCGACAUGGGACAUCUUGCGGUCUCUGGCGCCGGACGACGAUUGUGGAGUCAGAGAGCGUUUUGAUUGUGAGGACGAGGAAGGUGAAGGGGAUGACGUGGAGAUUAGUGUGGUGGCAGUCAUUGGAAGUGAAGAGGGACGCAGGGGCGGGUGCCGAGAGGUGGGUGAUUUCAGCGCCUCAUGCUCGUUCACAACGUCUAACGACGACGAUUCUUCAAGCACGACAACAGAGUCUAUGUGCAUUAUAUCGCCUGAUGGGAGAUUCAAACGCUCUAUCCGAUCAUGGAUACGUGGCGGGCUUCUUGGUAGUGGGUCGUUUGGAACAGUUUAUGAAGGGAUCAGUGACAAAGGGUUCUUUUUUGCUGUAAAGGAGGUUUCUUUGCUUGAUCAAGGAAGCCAAGCUCAACAAUGCAUUCAUCAACUUGAGCAGGAGAUUGCUCUCUUAAGUCAGUUUGAACAUGAGAACAUAGUUCAAUAUCUUGGUACAGACAAGGAAGAAGGAAAGUUGUAUAUCUUCCUUGAGCUCAUUACACAAGGUUCUCUAGCAUCUCUCUAUCAAAAGUAUCAUUUGCGAGAUUCCCAGGUCUCUGCAUACACAAGGCAAAUUUUGAAUGGUUUGAAGUAUCUUCAUGACCGAAGCGUGUUGCACAGGGAUAUCAAAUGUGCCAAUAUAUUGGUAGAUGCAAGCGGGUCUGUGAAACUUGCAGAUUUUGGAUUGGCAAAGGAGACAACCAAAUUAAACUUGCUGAAAUCUUGCAAAGGAAGUGCAUACUGGAUGGCGCCUGAGGUUCGCAACAUUUCUUGUGUAGUCAUGUUCUCCUGCAUUGAGCAACAGCAACUUAAACAGAUCAAUGCAAUUCUCUUUCCGCAUUUGCAGGUUGUUAAUCCACGGAAGACUUAUGGGGUUGCAGCUGAUAUAUGGAGCCUUGGUUGCACUGUCUUAGAGAUGUUAACUCAUCAGCCUCCUUAUUCCCAUUUGGAAUGGACACAGGCAUUAUUUAAGAUUGGUCAGGGUGAACCACCACCCAUUCCUAGUUCCCUCUCAAGAGAUGCGCGGGAUUUCAUCCACCGAUGCCUACGAGUUGAACCGGAUGAUCGACCCUCUGCUUCUGAGCUGCUGAGCCAUCCGUUUGUGAGGCAGCCACUGCCAGCUUCCAUGGGUUCUGAGUCUUCACACAACAACAACAGAAGAACUUAAAAGUUUCACUGGUCAACUUCUUGGCAAUUGCAGAUAAUGAGAUUAUAUGGUAAAUGGCAACUGAGUUGUGGGCAUAUCAAAUUCUUUCCUUUUCUGGUGAUGAUCAGUAAGGGACCCCUCUCUCGACGUUCCCCUAUCCCAAACUACUGCAAAGGUGCCUCUUGCAAAAGAAUUUCCCAUGUGCAGGAUUCAGCACUCAUAUAUCUUUUGGUAGAACUUUGAUGAGUCACCAAAUUGGCUUGCGGCUUUGCUAAUGUAGCUACUUUCCUGAUCGCCAUCAGCUCCAGUGGUCAUCUUUCACACUUGACUUUGCAAGUGUUCGCGGCGCAUUUUUAGAUUCAGCUGUUGCUUGUACUAUAAAGAUAUCUUUGAGUGAUGUGCUCCUUCUGAAAUGCGGGGACUUCAACAUGGGACGCGAGGCAUCCAGUCCAGCUGGGAAUCAGAAUUCAGAAAUGACCCAUUUGCAUCCUUCAUCUUGUUGUUGUAUUUAUCAUUUCAGGACUUUUGUCAUCCCGUAUCUGUUAUUCGAUUCUUGGCAAUGCCGAUGUGCCCUUCCUUUCCAAGGGUGAUUUUGUAGAAAAAUUGAGGUCUUGACCCCAUAGUGUAAAAAAUUCAAUUAGGAAGAAGAUAGUGUUUGCUUGACCAGUGAAAGGAAUGUGUUUGCAUGGUGUAUUCACAGCAAUGCAUGUUUAGUGCUAUUGCGUUUCUGCCAUCUCCA